AGGCGCCACAUAGCCGGUGGCCGGCGCGUCGUCAUUGGCUGCCGGGUGACGUUAUCGGUGGAGGCAGUGCGCUGAAAUACAGCUGAGAGCGCAGACAGGACUGGGCUCCGCGAGUGACUGAGAGCUUCAUGUAGGGCGGCGGGAAAAGCGGCCCUGCUGGUUUUUAUUUUAUGUUUGUUGUUUUUUUCUUUGAAGAAAGACGAGACCAAAGAUUCUGCGGCGUCGCCGAAACGGGAAAAUGAUCUGCCAUAUUACCCGUCCCGAUUCGGUGGUGAUGGAGGUGGAGGUUGAUACCAAAGCAAACGGCGAAGACUGUCUGAAUAAGGUAUGUAGGAAGCUGGGAAUAAUAGAAGUGGAUUACUUCGGACUGCAGUAUUCCGGCUGUAAAGGAGAGAGCCUGUGGCUGAAUCUCCGAAACAGGAUCUCGCAGCAGGUGGACAGUGUCUCUCCUUGCAGACUCAAGCUGCGAGUCAAGUACUUUGUGGAGCCCCAUCUCAUCCUGCAGGAGCAGACCAGGCACCUGUUCUUCAUGCACAUCAAGGAGGACCUUCAGAACGGGCAUCUGCGGAUGAGCCCGGAGCAGGCGGAGAUGCUGAGCGCGCUGCUGGCCCAGGUCGAGUUCGGGGACUACAACCAGAACACUGCCAAGUACUGGUACUGCGAGCUCUGCGGGCGGGAGCCUGGCGCUGCUGCCAUCGAGAGCAUCAUUUCCAAGCACAAGGCCCUGGCGGGACUGAGUGCACAGGCGGUGCAGUACCAGGCCCUGCAGCUAGUCUCCACGCUGGAGCACUACGGGGUAGAAUGGCACUGGGCGCGGGACGCCACGGGCCAGAAGCUGGCUGUCGGCAUCGGCCCAGAGGGCAUCUCCGUCUGCGGGGAUGACCUGACUCUCAUCAACAGGAUCGCCUAUCCGGUUAUCCAGAUAGCGACCCAGUCAGGAAAGAGCGUCUACCUGACGGUGACCAAGGAGUCUGGCGACAGCGUGGUGCUGCUCUUCAAGCUGAUCAGUAGCCGGGCGGCCAGCGGACUCUACCGGGCCAUCACCGAGACACACGCCUUCUACCGGUGUGACACGGUGACCAACGCUGUCAUGAUGCAGUACAGCCGCGACUUCAAGGGCCAUCUGGCGUCCCUGUUCCUCAACGAGAAUGUCAACCUGGGCAAGAAAUACGUCUUCGAUAUCCGGCGCACCUCCAAAGAGGUGUAUGACCACGCGCGCCGCGUGCUCUACAAUGCCGGCCUGGUGGACCUGGUGGUGCGUGCCGGACAGUACGCGCCCCCCCACUCGCCACUCGGGGCCCCCGCCACUCAGGGCGAGCCCGACUGCGGCAGCUGCCCGCAGAGCCGCGCCCUGCUGGAGAGGCUGGAGAGGCUGCGGGAGGCGCUGUUGUGCACGCUCUGCUGUGAAGGGGAGACUGACACUGCCUUCUGCCCCUGUGGUCACAUGGUCUGCUGCCAGGGCUGCGCAGCCCAGCUGCAGUCAUGCCCAGUGUGCCGGGCGAGAGUGGAGCGUGCACAACAUGUCUACCUGCCUACCUGCGCCAGUUUGUUUAGCCUGGCGGGGACAGACGUCACUCCUCCUCCCAUCCACCAGGGGGUGCCCCCUCUCGGUUGCUCCAGUGAAUUCGACCCAGAGAUGUGCCGCACGUGAAGGUCGGCCCUUCCCGGCCAAACACCACAGACUUCAACCAGCCGUCACUGAGAUAUGUUUUAAGAUCCUCUGACAAUCUGUGUAUUUUAAAUAUUUACUUUAAAUAUAUAUAUAUUUUUUUUUAACCGAAGUGAAUCAAUUGACCUGAGGAGCGCUAUCUACAACAUGUCUCUGCUGUUUUUUUCCUAAUCCAGUGAAAGUCAGACAAAUGUAAAUUCUAUGUAUUUGCCAGUUUUACUUUAUUUUAAUGCUUAUUUAAAUUUACGUUUUAAAUCCUCUUCCAGUUUAUUAUAGUGAACAUGCAAUAAGUUCUAUGGUUCUGCUCCCAUGCACUUACACUGACGAGCAAUGAGCGUCCAGUCCCGGCACUGUCCCCGAACCAUGUGACCCCGGCCAUGUCUGAUAGGAGCAGCCUAUCUCCGUCAAACUGGCCUAGCAGGCUCCCGGCGGUAUCUCGGUGAAAGGGGGAUGCCUUAUCACACUGGUGAUACGGCGAAAGCGAAACCAGGAGAUGCCCUAGUCAGUCGCUGUGCCUCAGCCGAUUACUGUCUUACUUGAAAGUAUAACUAAGCUGAAUAUUAAUCAUGAUGUGAGUUUUUGCCUCUGUCCCGCCGGCAAGUUUAUCCCACUUCUGGUUUGAUCCACUAGUUAAAUCUUCACAAAUCAUACAUAACUAGUAGAUCUGUGUGCAAUACUAGGUAUUUCUGAAAGCUGAGCUUUUUUUUGGGGAGGGGGGGGGGGGUUAUUUAAAGACACUGUCACUUUAGCCGGGACGCUUCCUCCACGAUGUGUUCCUGAGGGUCUGCCUUAUCUACACCCUGUCUUCUAUAUGCAUCCUGUUCCUUUGCACGUUGAAACACGGACAGCGGCACCGUUGUCUCCUCUGGGGGA